CCUACGCGUUCGGCAGCGGUCGUGUUCACGCGCACAGCACGCCACAGCGGCCGGGCCCAGCGCCCGCCGCGCCCGCUCCUUCCGCUGCUCGCUGACACUCCGGUUUAACAAAAGCACAUCGCGGCCAUUGGAUUUGACUCUGUCGUCAAUAGAUGACAUCUUCGCGACCACGACAAGAUGGCAUCGUUUAAAGAUUGGCUCACCGUGACGUGGGCGCAGAGCGGGAUGCAGUUACAACCGGAUGUGCCAGAUGGUGACGAUCCGCUCAGGGGACGGUGCGGCAGAGCGGGCAGCCUCGCAGCGACACCUGGUGAAAAGCUUAUGGAAUUGCUGAGACCUAACCCUGGCACGCCAAGAAGACACUCCACAGCAGCUUGUGCACCACCACAGCCCAGACCCUCAGGGUUCGUCUACUGUCCCUCGGAUGCAUUGCCUUACUGCCCACCAUCGAGAUUGGCGCCCCCGCGGCUUGUUAAGUUACCACCACCACCAGUCCAGCCAGUACAACCACAGCCUCCUCCAGUGCCACAGAGAACUGCACCGGUCGCUCCCCUGCCAGUACCACCUGCGCCACCCCGUCGGUCACCACAACCACCAAGAAGGGUCCCCCCUCCUACACCCCCAAGGCCCAUUGCUACAGACCCCAACGGCAAUCGUAGAAUACAAACGAAUCCUCCAAGAUUGGACUGCAACCGCAAUCCCUCACAGCCCCAAUUCCCAACUCAACCUUCAGUACCGCCACAAAUCCCACAACCUCCACCACCACCUCAACCGACAAUACCGAGGCGGCCGCCACAGAAAAUGCCAGAUAACCCGCUGCCGCAGACACAGAUCAAGCGCUCGCCAAGUUCAGGCUCAACUAUCAGCGUACGACAAGACUCUAACGUUUCGUCAGACUCAUUUAGCCAGACGUCAUCACCUUCUUAUACGACAAAAACAAUGGAGGCACCAUUAUUGCCGCAGCAGCAUCUAAAUAAGAGUCUCAACGCGAAGAUAGCGCGUGGCCUCCUGCUGAAAGAACAACAAGAGAAAGAGAAUGCAAACUCCUCGAUUACAAAGAGCAUGUCAACGCCGGCGUCACUUCAGACCAUCGUCCGAUUUCAGAAUGGCAGUAAUAUGUCGUUGCAUCAUCGGAUGUUGCGCGAUAUGCGAGGUACCAGCACCAACAGCUCAGCACACAAAUUUCGCAUGAUGCAGCUCGCUCUGAAUGCAGUCGCACUAAUCGUUAUUACGGGGGCACUAUUUGCUUACUUCAGAGCAAACCCAGCUGUACAGUACGUCUCUCAAGUGGUCAACAAAUCUACGGUGGUGACGUGGCCAGUUCCCGCAGAGCCUUCCGGAAGUCGUAACCCCGCGCCGGGUGUCUGUCUCCCUGUUAUCGUGAGCUUUUGCCAUCAACACAAAGUCUCAUAUAACUUCACCGUUUUCCCUAACUACAUUGGCCACUUUGGACAACGGGACGCCCAACAGGAUUUGGAGAUCUAUGAUGCAGUAGUCGAUGUCCGUUGCUACGAACUCACGGCGCUGUUCCUGUGUUCACUGUUUGUCCCGAAGUGUGGGCCGUUGGGGCAUAUGGUACGGCCUUGCAGAAGUCUAUGUCAAGAAACAAUGCGGCGUUGCGGGUUCUUCCUGGAAGUUUUCGGUCUGUCUAUGCCAGAUUAUCUGCAGUGUGAAAUCUUCCCUGAAUCAACGGAUACAGAUGUAUGUCUGGGGAACAGAGAAGUUAAAGAGGCAAAGUUCAGAGCUGAGAAACCAGUAUGCCAGUCCGGAUUCCAAUGUGAUGUCAACCGCUGCAUUCCCCACGACUGGCGUUGUGAUGGUCACGUUGACUGCGCCGAUCGUUCAGAUGAACUCAACUGCCGUGUGUGCAAACGUUCUGGUGACGUCCAUUGUGGAAACCAACGAUGCAUUUCACAGACGCACCUUUGUGACGGCAAAGUGGACUGCCCUUGGGGACAGGAUGAGCGGAAUUGCUUGCGUCUGAGUGAGUCAAAUGGCGACGUGGGUUCUGGAGAAGUACAGGUGUACCGCGCUGCCAACCAGUCCUGGUUCCCAGCCUGCCUCGCAGCAGCCCCUUUAGACCACCAUACGGCCUCUGAAAUCUGUUCCAUGCUUGGAUAUACAGUUGUCAACAAAAGUCAAACAACUGGAUCGUCGCGCGCUGGGCGGCCUCACGCCCUAACGCCGAGCGCUCUUUUGGGCGGACAGGGUUCCUUAUUACAUGGAGUUGCACAAUCAUAUCGCGCCUUUCAAAGAAAGGAGGGGGGCUUGCUUCGGGAAAUGAAAGACUGCCGCCACGACUCGCAUAGGAUACAUCUCAUUUGUAAUAAUUAUGAAUGUGGCAAACGUCGUACUCUAGCUCCAGCAUCAAAACGUAUCGUAGGAGGGGUAGAAGCGUCACCAGGGGACUGGCCAUUCCUUGCAGCGAUUCUUGGUGGACCAGAAGAAGUGUUCUACUGUGCUGGAGUACUCGUCGCUGACCAGUGGGUACUGACAGCUUCACAUUGUGUUGGAAAUCAUUCUGACGUCGACGGAUGGACGAUUCAGCUGGGUAUCACGCGUAGACGAAGUCAUGCAUAUUACGGGCAGAAAGUGAAAGUACGAAGAGUGGUCCCACAUCCAUUAUAUAAUGUUGGUGUUGCGCAUGACAAUGACAUCGCUUUGUUUCAGUUGGCUGUUCGAGUUCGAUACCAUGAACACUUAUCACCGGUAUGUUUACCACCUGCACGACGAGCCCUUUUACCUGGAACACUUUGUACAGUCAUCGGUUGGGGAAAGCGUACUGAUAAAGACAUGUCAGAAUACGAGCCGGCAGUGAAUGAGGUGGAAGUUCCUGUUCUCAAUCGUGAUCUUUGUAACCAGUGGCUGGAACAUCGGGAUCUUAACGUGACUGAAGGGAUGAUCUGCGCAGGAUAUCCUGAAGGUGGCAAGGAUGCUUGCCAGGGUGAUUCGGGUGGUCCGUUGCUAUGUAAGGACCCGGACGAUCCGUCGCGUUGGUACGUGGGAGGUAUUGUAUCUUGGGGAAUAAAAUGUGCCCAUCCCCGUCUGCCAGGUGUCUACGCCUUCGUUCCCAAGUACAUUCCCUGGAUACAGAGACAGAUACAACAGUACAACGACGACAAAGCACCCUCCGAAUCAGAAAUAUGAGGUUUCGACUAUUUGGUUAACAGAAAGCGCAACUACGGUAAUGAUUUUUAGUUUAAUAAAUUACACGAAGUCAUUAGGCGAGUGUAUUAAUGUUAAUAGGGUAUUUUUGCAUGUUUCAAAUGUCCAUUUAUAUAGUUGCGUUUUCAACUAAUUAUGGACGUGACAAUAAUAUUUGACUGUGAAUAAAUUUGUUGACAAUAAUCUGUGGCAAACAUAUUUAAUAUGACAAUAACGUAUAGUAGACUAGUAUAUUAAUUGGAAAUUAUUCUUAACGUAUGGAAAGAUAAUAUUUUAAAGGAUCACUCGUUUAUAGUGACGUCAUGCCGUAGGAACACAGGGCAAAUCGUCUUAUUUUUUACCCUAAAAUUUACAUUAUUUAUUCUAUAUUACCAAUAUAAAGUCAAACCAAGAUGGGAUUUAAAAAUUAUACUGUUAAUUCAUAGUAGUCUAACAGUCGAUAAAAUAAUAUGAUAUAUAAAAGGACAGCUUCGAAAAAAGGAAUAUCGGUCUCACCCACUCAAUAUACACCUAACAUUUUGCUCAAUAUGAGGCAAAUACCUACGUCCAUCGUUCAAUGUCAUUAUUAAUUUACCUUAUAUUCCCAUUUAUAAAAGUUAUUUCUCGUAAAAAUAUGUAUGUUAGGAAAAA